GCUGUUUGGUUUCAGCUGGGGGGAAAACUCCUGAAAACAAACAGACUGGGUUGAAAGUCCAUCUAGAUCUCCUGUGUGAAACCCCACGGUCACCACUGCAGACGCCUUACAUUUUCAGCCAUUUUCACAAGAUUUUACAAUGGAGAUUCCAGUAUUUACUCUGGAUUCUUUCACCAAUUUACCUUUCAAGGGAAACCCAGCUGCAGUUUGUCCGCUGAUGCAUGAGCUGACUGAUGAAUUGUAUCAGAGGAUAGCAGCAGAGAUAAACCUGUCAGAAACAGCUUUCAUCACCAGAAUCAGACCCUCUGACGACUUCACCAAGGCAUCAAGGUUCUGCCUUCGAUGGUUCACACCCACCACUGAGGUCAAUCUGUGUGGUCAUGCCACUCUGGCUGCUGCAGCAGUGCUGUUCAAGUACAAGAAAAACGUGAAUAGCACAUUGGUGUUUGAGACUAAGAGUGGAGAGCUGCUCGUCACCCAGCAGGGGGAAGGCUUUGUCAUGGAUUUUCCUCUCAACCCACCUACCAAGCAGGAUCCCAAUGAAUUUAGAGACAUCAUCAAGGUGGCAUUAGGAGACCGACCAGUCCAGGAGGUUCAUCUGAACUCAACCACUAAGAAACUGCUGGUUAGACUGCCUGACGACUGUGACAGGUCAGUGCUAACUAGUCUGAAAAUCGACAGUACCGCUCUUGAAUGCAGUGAGAGGAGUGGGAGAGUGAAAGGUCUAAUCAUCACUAUGAAAGGAUCUCCAGAAUGCCAGCCAGGAUAUGACUUUUACUCCAGGUAUUUUGCUCCGUGGGCCGGUAUCCCAGAGGAUCCUGUCACUGGUUCUGCCCACACUGUACUUGGAAGCUACUGGUCUGAGAAACUUGGAAAGAAUAAAUUGUUGGCUUACCAGUGCUCCAAACGAGGUGGGGAGCUGGAACUAAAAGUGAGAGACGAUGGAAGAAUCAACAUAGCUGGACAGGUUGUCACUGUGCUGCAGGGAACAAUCACAGUAUAACCAAAGACAGGUGGAGGCUAACAGGGACAUUCACCAUGUAACCAGCAAGGAAACAGACGGAGGCUUUGUACCCUUUGAUGAAAACAAGGUUUAAAUAAAAGGGGAAAAAUUAGACUUUUGUGCAUAGUGGUCAAUCUGAUAAUGAAACACAUGACAGCAUACUACAACAUCUCACAUUUAGUUAGGGUUUUUAUUAUUAUUCCUUCGCAUGUGACAACCCAUAGGGCAAUAUUUACAAGAUAUAAGAAUAAAAAACAUAAAAAACACAGCAAACAAAGAAAUUAAAAUCACACAUUGUG